CUAACUCUUAAAUCGUGCUCUUUUUCCUUAAUCUCCCUCUUUUUUCCUGCUUCAUUAUUCUCUAUAAGUUUGUCCUGUAUAUCACUGAUUCUCUGUUCUGCCUCAUCCAUCCUUGCCACCGUGGCAUCCAUCUGUGAUUGCAGCUCAGUUAUAGCAUUUUUAAUUUCAUUCUGGCUAUUUUUGACUUCUUUUAUCUCUGCAGAAAGGGAUUCUAAUCUAUUUUCGACUCCAGCUAGUAUUCUUAUUAUCGUGAUUCUAAAUUCUGGUUCAGACAUCUUGCUUGUAUCUGUGUUGGUUAAAUCCCUGGCUGUCGUUUCUUUGUGCUCUCUCUUUUGGGGUGAAUUCCUUCGUUUUGUCAUUUUGAAGGGAGAAGAGGAAUUAAUGAGGUAGAAAAAUUUAAAAAAUUCAAAUUAAAAAAAUAUUAAAAUUAAAAAUUAAACACACACACAAAUCAAAUAGAUGGUGCUAGAUCCUAGGUGUGUUUUGGUCUGGGUGUUGAACGUGGUUUGACAGAUUAGAGAAAAAAAAGAGUGGGGGGAAGGAAAUACUUUGAGAAUUUGAAAAAAUGAAUACACUGAAGUAGACUAAAAUGAUGGAAGUAAAAUAGAAUUUGAAAAAAUUUACAUAAAAGCAAAAAAUAUAGUAAUAAAAAUUAAAUAAAAAUAUUGUUAAUAGAAAUUGAAAGUAAAAAUGAAUUUUCCUUUUUCUGUAUUCCAGAAAAAGAAAAGAAACGAAAAAGAGAAAAAAGAUAAAGAAAAGAAAAAAAGGAAAUCGUUUGAAAAUUUGAAAAAGUGAAUACACUGUAGUAGACUAAAAUAAAAUGAUGGAAGUAAAAUAGAAUUUGAAAAAAAUUACAUAAAAGCAAAAAAUACAGUAAAAAAUGAAAGAAAAAUAUUUUUAAUAAAAAUCAAAAAUAAAAAUGAAUUUUUUCUCUUUCUGUAUUCAAGAAAAAGGAAAGAAGCGUAAAGGAGAAAAAUAAAGAAAAUUGAAUAGAUGGACCCGCUAACAGAUUGAAGUAGGACUGAAAUUACUUCAUUUUCUCUAGAAGUCAGUCUAUGUAGCGCCUUAUAGUCCAUAAACUAAGCCGGUGGUGAGACUUGUGUUCUUGAAGAACGAGGUUGGCCCAGUUGGCAGGGGCUCAGUGUAACGGCUCCGCUCUCCACUAGAUGGCGCUGCUAGCUUCCUGGGGUGGAGUGUUACCGCGCUCGAAGGUGCGUAUGCGCCUGCGCGGGAGCGGUCAAAAUGGCGUCACCAGCUACCCGGUCUGUUCUCCCGGAUCAGCAAUGGCGCUCCCGUCCUCCGUCUUCAGCUCUCCUCCGCUCCCCGCUUUUCCACUCUCCGUGACCAGGCCCCAGGCCGUACCUCGCUCCCGAGUUUUGCCUCGGACGCGGCUGUUUUCCCCGGCCCCUUACUCCCGAAGGACUGCGGCCCUGACCCGCUCCGCCCCUCCGCGGGAGGGUCUCACCGAGCUACGGCGGAAUGUCGGCUGCAGCCAGGAACGCCCGCUGGACCCUGCUGCUGCCGGUGCCCCGAGACUGCGGCCCGAGGCCAGCCCGCCCCAGAAAAAGUUGGCGAGACAGUCUAGCAGCAGCGUUUCGGGGAUGGUGGAAAAUCGCCACACACGUCUGGCCCCAGGCUUCACCCUCCACGACCUUGUUCCAGCACCGGCGAACGUGGCCGCCUUCCGGGGUCUGCCGGGACCAGGUGGCUUCCACAGUCUCCACCAAAUGUCCUUCCGGCAGCGGAACCGCCUUUCCUCGUGUGGCCCGAGCACCUCCCGGACCCCACUCUGUUCCUGGGGAUUCGCCCUUCCCACCAGAGCACCGCCAGUAGGUGGCACCGCGUGGGACAUAGUGUCUUACUUUCUCACCAACUCCGUGUGGCUCUCUGCCCUCUUCUCUUCUGGGAUGGUGUCAUUGCCCACAGAGAGCAGACGUGAACCCAGAGACACAGGCAGGCCGGACCCAGCAGCCCAGCAGCCCAGAAAACCAUUUGGCGUAAAGAUUGUCCCUCCAGAGGACUUUAGGAAAAGAUGAAAGCCACUUCAGAGAUGAUUUUCACCCUCAAGUUGAUUUAACCCAAAUCUGGCUUGUCCUUCCCAAAGGCUCUGAGGGUGGACCCUCGCCUCCCACACGCCCCUGCCCCCACUUUGCCUCUCCCCUCCCCACUGCUGCUUUUCAUUCAUCACGCUCCUUCCUAAAAGGAGAAAUGAAGAAAAGAAUUUAUUUUUCCCCAGACAGGUGGUAAGAGAGAAUGCAAGAGAUCAAAGCCAUAGAUCUAACUGUUGACUUUCAACGGCUCAUCUGUCUUUUUGCCCCAUUUAAAUAUUUUAGCAAAUAAAUGUCAAGUCAAUAGAGCUAUC